AUGUCUUUGGUGCGCACAUUUUACGAUCCAUUCACCGAGUUCGACAAGCUAUUUGACGAUGCUUUCAAUGCUCGUUUCCAUUCCUCCCCUACUACCAUCGAGGGUAAUACUGCCUUGACUCAUCGUCGUGGUUGGGCGUUUCCUAGGAUGGAUCUACACGAGAACUCUGAGACCAAGACGGAUGUCAAUGUCGAGGUCCAUGGAAAUCGUCUGACAAUAUCCGGAGAGUCGAAAUGCUCGGAUAAUUACAACAAGGACAGCUAUGUGGUGCAGGAGCGUUCUUAUGGCAAAUUUUCCAGGACCCUUCAAAUUCCUCAGGGAAUCAAGGCUGAGGACGUCCACGCGGAGAUGGAGAAUGGUGUGCUUACUGUGUCCUUCCCGAAGGCUGGACCGGACCAGCAACCCCAGUGAAUUGCGAUCGCGUAACGCGGUGGAUCUGCUUAUCCCAACCCAUUGUCAUUUCAAAUGUGUAUCAUUAGCAUAGUACGAAGGUGGAAAAGUAAUAGUGUAUAUGUACAAUAGUGGUUACCAGGCUCACCUGAUCUUUUUUUUGAAGUAUU